AUGACCAUCUUCUGCAGCCACUGCCACAGGCCACUGCAGGCAGAGAUGAGCUACCUGCCCAGAAGGGGCAAGCAGGCACCCGCUACCUUGAAGCCAUUCAGGUCAACCAAGAGUGCCUCCAAGGCUCGCCGGGACCAGAUCAAUGUGGAGCUGCAGGCACUGCGCUCCCUGCUGCCCAUCUCCACAUGGGAGAAGGAGCGGCUCUCCUACCUCCACACCAUGGCCCUGGUGUGCCUCUGGCUGCGAGGAGCUCAGCUUUUCCCUCCAGACUCUCUUCAUCCUGUGGGACCAGUCCUCAGUGUGGAGCUGCUCUCCCUGCUGCCAGGGUUUCUGCUUGUGCUCUCAGCCAAUGGCAAGCUGGUCUAUAUCUCGGAGAAUGUGGCCGAGGUCCUGGGCCUCUCCAUGGUAGAGCUGCUUGCCCAGGGGGACACGGUCUUUGACAUCCUAGUUGGGGGAGCGCACGAGGAUGUUCGCAAGAAGCUCCUCUUUGCCCAGGAGCAUCCCAGCAGGGAAGUCACGUUUGUCAGCGAGAUGCGCACAUCCAAGGCUUUCCGGCUGCAGCACGGAGGCAACCGGGCUGUGGCAGUGCGUGGGCACUUCACAGCCCUGCACGGGCCAGCCACCCCCUCCACAGCAGCCUUCCUGGCCCUCUGCACGCCGGUCACGCAGUUCCCUGCUGAUGGCAAUGCUGGUUUCCAAGACGACCUCUUCCAGAGCAUGCACAUCCUAGACAUGACAUUUGCUGAUGUCACGGAAAGUGUCAUCUACCACCUCGGCUACCGCAGGGAGGAACUGAUCGGUCAGUCCUGGUACAGCCUCCUGCACCCUGAGGACACUGACCGAGCAGCGGCCCAGCACAGGGCUGUGGCGCUCGGGACCGGGGCGGCGACAGGGCCAGCAGUGCUGCGGGUGCUGCGCAGCGACCGGACCUGGGCCUGGCUCCGCGUGUGGGCGCGGCGGGACAGCGGCGGCCGCGCCAUCACCUGCACCAGCCGCUGCCUCAGGGAGGAGGAGGCGGCCUAUCUGCGCGCCCGGGAGCACCGCCCCGCGCCCCGCUCCGCGGCACCGCCCGCCAUCCCGCCGCCGCCGCCGGGGCGGGAGCUCAGCCUGCUGGCCGCGCAGCUCCGCGCCCUGGCCGACAGCCUCUCGCCGCCCGCCGCUGCUCCCGCCGGGCCCGGGGCUCCCCCGUUCUCCCCCCGCUUCCCGGGAGAGGCUCCGCCGGGGGCGGGGCCCCCCGCCGCGCACGCGCUCGGCCGGUCCCGCGCGCCCCAAUAA